AGCUGGUGAUUCUAGCUUCAGUUAGUUUUACUGAAUCAAGCACUGAAAGAAGAAUAGAAAAUAAAGUAUUGACAAAAUGAAAGCUAUACUUUGCGUGUGUGGUAUUUUUGUGAUUUCACUAUUCACAAUGGUGGAAUCAUUAACGGGUUCAAACGUGUGUACAAAAGCUUCAACGAGAGACGUUGUCACGUAUAAAGCGAUCACUGCGACGGAGUUUAGACGCAUCGUCUUUUGCUGCAACGGAGCACAGUCAUGUUCGACUGACGGUACCUGUCAAAAUAAAUGGCCUGUUGUCGUGACUCGCACGUUGAAAAUAACAAAUCAAGUCCCAAUCAAUGUGACAAGUUGCUGCGAUGGAUAUCAUCAAGUUGGAGAUAGUUGCCAACCCACAUGCGCCACCAAUAAAUGCAUUCGCGGUCGCUGCAUUGCUCCUGAAGUUUGCGAUUGUACUGGAACAGGAUACGCUGGAGUGACAUGUAAUAUUAUUCAAUGUGACGCAGACGAACGCCCAUGUGUGACUGAAUGUUCAAGUAGUAAUUCUUCGCAAUGUGUGUGUCAUGAAUGUUAUACCCCAUCAGCGGGAAAAUGUGUUAAUAAACAUAGGUGUCUCAUAAAUGGCGUAUGCUACCGAGGUGGAGCCAUUAGCGAAAACGAAUGCUUGACAUGCAUACCACUUGCUUCACAGACUCAGUGGACUCCAAGUUCUAAAAGUAAAAUGUGUAACGAUGGCAACAAAUGCACUAGACUGGACAAAUGUAAUGGUCUGGGGCAAUGUGUGGGUCAAUCAUUUACAUGCAGUGGAGAAUGCAAUGAAUGUAACGGCAUGUCGUGUUUUCUAAACACAACAUGUGCCGCACAAACAACAACGACGGCAACGACCACGACAACAACAACGACUACGACGACUAGUUCACCGACCCCUCCACGAGGUAACAUUGAUGAAGUAUCAUGUCGAGCAAAAAUUGGUGUACUUCAUGCUAUCUCAAACAACUGUCGCAAAUUUUACUACUGUGUUCCUGGUCAUCCACAACCAUACGUGCUCGAUUGCCCAGGCAAUUUGUACUUCGAACCUCAAUAUGGAGUUUGUGUUCACAAAUACCAAAUACAGAGAACAGACUGCAAUCAAUCGGUUCCUUGAUUUAUUCGGUAGUGACGAAGAAGAAAAAGAAUUGUCUGCUGGAACGAACAAUUUUUUAAUGUUUAAGUAUAUUAUAUUAAAAAAAAAUUAUAUUUUAAGAAAAGCUAAAAUCUUUGAAUACUAUGAUUUUUAGUGGCAAUUUAAAAAAUAAUAUUUUUCCAAUUUUGGUCUUUUUACAAAGGUUAUUUUAAUGCUAUCAGAA